AAAAGUAAACUCCUCCACUGAAAAACUCUGCUCGUGACUGCUUUUCCUACGUCAUGUAUAUGACAGCGUAGUGUAAUGCUCGCCCCAGUCUUUUUCUGCUUUCCACUGCAAAAUGGCGGACAAGAAGCCUUCCAAAACAAACUUGUUGCUAGAUGAACGCGAUUUCAAACCAGAGAAAGCAGAGACUCCCCUCGACUUUUUGUCUCGCACUGGUGUCACAAAUGAAAUAAAAGACGCGAUAGCUCUUCUCAUUGAAAACAGGCCUGAGGAUCCUAUAAUGUUUAUGGCAGAAUUUUUUGACAGUCAUGCCAACACUACGACAGCGCUUGUGAAAUCUCACCAGAAACUACUUUUGGCUCAUCACUCACGACCGUCCUUCCAGAACAACCUUGUUCAAGCCUACAAUGUCCUUAAACAGCAAAAGAAUAGUAAUGGCUUACGAGGACUUACUGGAAAAACUUAUAAUGAUCUGUUGACAUUGUUAUGCAGGGACCUGACUGGUCAAGAGGUGGAGCCUCUUCAAAAACGAAUCAUGUGUUUAAGCCAUGAGGUUGUGCGAUUUCCAGUAUUUAAACUAGGAGUGUUAGCAACAUUCAUAUAUCAAGAUUUUUUAAAGCAAGCCGAAUCACUGUACAAUGAGCUGGAUUUGACUGGCAGAGGUAAAGCUGACAAACAUCUCUGUGAAGCUGUAAUAUACGAAUUGCAUCAAGCUGUACUCAAGACCACGGAUGACCCAAUCAGUGUCAUUCAAGUGGGCUCCAUGUUAAGUUCGCAGCGCCUUAACAAAGUCAUGGCUGAGGCUUUGGUGAAGGGUGGUGCAAGUAGCCAGGCGAUGGCCGCCGAUGAGUUCAUUGUGGGCGCAGCAGAAGUCUUGCUUGAGCAGAUUCCAGAUCUCAGAUGACGCUUGUGUUUGGUGUUAAAAUCUCCAUUCACCUGCAAAGCAGCUACAAUGAAUGAAGGCGACCAAAUCUGUAGUUUCUGUAUUUAACCAUACAAUAGCCAUACGUAUUGAAAAUCACACUACGCAAACUACUUGAAGCCUGCAUUUUACACAGAGCUCCGAGGAUCAACGUAAUAAACAGUUAACUACGACAUUUCGUGGUCGAGAAUUGACUGGGUCCAGGUGCAGUUUUCUUCCCAUAGUUGCUAUGCAACGUGACGUAAAACGUACCUCACUACACAUGCUCGUGCCACAGUCUUUGGAAUUCUCGUGGGCUUUGAUUGGACGAUGUAAAUCGGAAAGUGUUCGAGUGUUUCAACGAAUAUUUGCCGAAAACGACGCUGGUUUCCCCGACUGUUUGUGCUGGUUCAAAUCGGCCAGAAAGCAAAGUCGUGCCUUUAACACUCUUUAGUACGAACGAUGUAAAAUACUUUGCGAUUUAAAAGAAAAAAAUAUGCUCUCUAGAGAAAACGUUCAAUUUGUAUGUGGUUUUAGUGGUGUAGGGAAUUUCUUCCUUGAAUGAAACGCAGACUUUGGACGGUCUGAACUCUUUCUACAGCUCUCGACUGAACCAAGCAUUUCAGUGUUGACUGAAUAAAGAAGGUGAAGAUCAGAUUCCAUACCAUGGAAAAAUUUGCGAAAAUAAAAUGAAUUGUCUUGAA